AUGCAAAGCUCGCUCGAGCCGGUGCAAACGCUAAGAUGUCAUGACCCUCUUGAGGCCGGCCGCCGUGGGCGAGCGAGGCCAAGACAGAUCAAGGCGCUGUCCAAGCGCAAGAGCUCCGACUUUCUGCUCGAGGCGGCGCCGCAUCUCCAGCGCCUCAAGAGCAGGAACAGCAAGACUAAGAGCAAGGGCUGGAUGAAGCUCGACCUUGCUCCUCUGCCGGAGAAUGUUAUGCAGUUUACGAUAUUGAGUCACAGCACGCAAAAGGCCUUUGAGUUCUCACUUGACACACAAUGGGCGUACAGGGGGACAAAGCGCUGUCGUCUGGGUUCUGACGUCGAGGGCCCCAAUACGGCCACCAUCAGCCGCAAGAAGCGUCGUCUGAGAACGCAGCUCAUCACCAGCCGGCUGUCUCAGCCCUUCUCUCAGCCCGCCACGCACAUCUUGAACCGCAAUGGCAGGCAAGUCGGUGAUCGGCGGUUCGUGAAGAUGGCCGUCACGCUGGACUCUAGCCGACGGGCGGCGCAUUUGCAAGAGACGGCGUACCUGAGAUAUUCGAUUAUGAACUGCAUGCGCAAGAGGAUGGGAAUUGCGAAAUCUCAUGACUCGGCCAAGACAGGCCACGGAGGGUCGUCGGUGCGGCAGAGCAUGGACACGUACACCAAGGCGCCGUGGCAAUCUCGAGACGUCACGGCGGUGCCCGAGGCAAAGGCAAACACUGUCGAGACCGGUCCAAAGGGGUAUCAAAGCCCACAAGUGGCGCUGAAGGACGCCGCCGAUGCCCAGUCUGCUGAGACACUUGUCAAGGUUCCGGCGUGUCGCCUGUCGAAACCCAGAGCUCUGCCGCUUCCUUCUGCUGAUGCUGAUGCCACGAUUGAGCGUAGCUCGGCGCGCAUCGACUCGACAAAGUCUCCAGAGCCGAGGCCGCCGUGGAUUUAUGACGAUAGUGAGGAAGACAGCUUUGCCUUUCUUCACCUGGACGAGGAGCAUCUGGACGACGAUGCGGACAUUUAUUGCGACUUUGAUGCCUUAUUCGGGGCCAAGGCGACUUCGCCCGAUCCGCAAUCCGCUUCGGAAGAGCAUACAUAUGAGGAGUACAUGGAUGAAUUAGACGGCAUAUCUUGGAGGUUGGGCUGA